GAUUGAUCAAGGUAUAUCUUUUUUCUCUUUUCCAUCUGGGUUUGUUCUAGUUUUGCUUUUCUCUCUGUUUCCCUUUUUGGGUACUUUGUUUUAAUAAGUUUUUCUGGGUUGUUGGACGUGUUUUCUGAAUCCGGUUUCAAUAGUUUUCUUCUCCUUUUUCGUGUUUGUCAACUUUGUUUUUUUUUUUUUAUUUAUUUAUUUCUAAGGUACUUUUAAUCAAAGUUUUUUUAUAAAGGCACUUCUUCUUUUCGAGUUCUCCCCCUCCCCUUUUCUUAUUUUGCCUCUACUUUUUUCUGUUUCCAUGUCUUUUGAUGAUUCCGGCUGUGGGUUCAGCUUGAAUUUUGGCUUUGACUGGUAACAAUACCACAAACCACCCCCAUUCUGUUCCUUUCCCCACAACUCUCCUUUUCUAUUCUUCUAUCUGUUUUAGUUGGCUUUUAAUGUUCUCAUUUCAGUCCUAUUCUUGCUUUUUUCUUCGUUGUUGAAGCUUAAUUACUGGUUUUGAUCUUAGAAGAGUUUUGAUUUUAUUUACAGGAGUUCUGGAAAAGGAGAAGAGGUUGCAGAAAGGGGUUUAUCGCUGGUUUGUAAUUUUACUUUUUCCUAUUAUUUCUUGAGUGUUAUUUGAGGAUGGGAGAUCAUUUUGUGCUGCUGGUCGAUCGGUUGCUCACUGAAUCCACACUGGAAGCUGCAAUUGAGAGCAGAAACGGAUCUUUACAAGCCACAGCAUCAGCAGUUGAAGCAAUGGCAACCCAAUUCUCUCCCAGUAAGAUGGAUAUCAGUCAGGUGUCAUCUCCUAGAAAAUUGGUGGAGUGCAGAAUUUGCCAGGAUGAGGAUGUAGAUUCAAACAUGGAGACACCUUGCUCUUGCUGUGGCAGCUUGAAGUAUGCUCACCGUCGAUGCAUCCAAAGAUGGUGUAACGAGAAGGGUGACACCAUGUGCGAAAUAUGCCACCAGCAAUUCAAGCCAGGUUACACAGCACCACCUCAACUGUUCCGCUAUGGAGGUAUACCUAUGAAUUUCAGGGGAAAUUGGGAGAUUUCCAGAAGGGACCUGCACAAUCCUCGAUUUAUAACAAUGGUAGCAACAGAUCGCAGUUUCCUGAGUCCUGACUAUGAUGAAUAUUCAGUUUCCACUUCAAGAAGCCUGAUUUGCUGCCGCACAGUGGCUAUUAUUUUCAUGGUUCUUCUGGUUCUAAGACAUGCUCUUCCAGUCAUAGUAAGUGGGACAGGAGAGUACUCGUUCACAUUGCUCAUGAUGUUGCUUUUGAGAACUGCUGGAAUUCUUCUUCCAAUCUAUAUAAUGUUGAGAGCGGUGAUUGCCAUUCAGCGUCGUCGCCAACAACUGGAGAUUCCCACCUUGUCCACUGCAUCUGAAGGAGAAAAUGAGCAGUCACAAUUGCAGUCUCAGUCACAUCUUAUUCGUAUGCACUGAACUGCUCCACUGCUGACACUUGAAACAAUCUGAUGAUGGCUGAUGAAGAACGACAUUUGAUGACCUUCAGCCAUUGCAUUGUGAUAAAAGGAACCUGCUAAUCAUUAGUUGGCUUCAUUAAUUCUGUGAAGGGGGCAGCAUCUGUCAUCAUCUGUAAUUAAUAUCAGAUGAGAAGGAAAAACUAGAGCUUAGAAUGAAGAUGGUCGAAGCAGCCAAAUACUGCAAAAUUGUGCUUUGUCUUACCUUGACUACAAAAAGGGAAAAAAAUCAUCCUCCAUCCUCUUCGAGACUAAGUGAAUGAGCAAUCCAUGUGUUCAUUUGUAAUGCAGUUAGCAUUUUAGUUGCAUGCAGUGUUAGUUCAAACAUCUGGAAAUUACUGUAUAGCCAGGAAUUGUAUAUAUAAAGUUUUCAAAUGAAAAUAUUAAAUACAAUCAAAGAUGAAAGCAUAGUUCCGUACAUGCUCUUUAAUUA